UCCAAACCUAAAACCCUUAAACCCUCAACCCUCGAAACUCUCACCUUAAAUUUUCCCAAUCUACCUCCAUCGCCAAAAGAAGAAGAGAACGGCGAACAAUCAGGUACGAAUUUCUUCAUUCCUCACUCCAAAAACAUUGCUUUUCGUUGUAGAAACAGACCCUUAUGUCGCUGCUCGAAACCAUAACGAUUGCAAAAUCCGAAUCUCAGACCCCCAAAACCCCAUCCAAACACUCCAUCAUUCUCAAUCCCGAUGCCAUCUUCUCCCUCUUAAAGCCAGACCCUAAAUCCUCUUCUAACAACCUCAUCGACCCCAUCACGGGAUGGCAAAUCUCAGCCGUCGAUUCUCAUAUUAUCGAAUCCAACCAUCGAUUCUUCAGCAAGCUCAAGCACAAGCUCAAAUCCCCAAACACCCUCACCUCAGAUGAAUUCUUGCGAAUCCUCAACUCCUUCCUUGAGAAAACCCGGGAAGGUAUUGGCCUCUCGAUCGGGGUGGGCCCCACUGACCCCGACUACACCCGCCUCACGAUCUCAAAAUUGGCGUUUGUGAUAACCCGGGAUGUCGCAGGGCUAAUUUCAGAGGCUUGUGUGGCCCUCAGACUGUGGGAAUUGAUAGACACUCUGAUUGCCCAUGGACUUGUCGAGGGUUGUUCGUCUUCAGUGAAUCUGAUUGAAAAUCUCAUACGGAAGAACAGGUCGAAUUUGAUCUGUCUUUAUGUCAGGAGUGUUUCCGAUCUCCAAUCGUCGGAACUUCUCCUCAUUUUGAAGUAUUUCCUUUCUCCAUCCAAAGACAGUUACAGCAGUAUGAUUAGCGUGAGAAAGGAAUGGGAAAGGCUGGCAAUCUUAUCGAUCGAGAAAGCAGCUGAGAACACAUCGACUAAAGAGAAAUCCUGUCUUGCGAGGCGGGCUGCAGUUCUCCUCAUGAUGGCACAUGAUGGGUUUUCAGCAUAUGAGCUAUGCUUGCACUAUCUGUUUGGAUCGAAGAACGUCGAUGGAUUGGCGUUGUCGUGGGCUGUUGCAAGGCUCGAUGGGUCUGAGGUGUUGAGGUUAGUGAAGUAUUUGGGGAAGUGGUUGAGGAAGUAUGAGAAGUUUCCAGAGGCGGGGCCAUGCCCUGGUGCUGUGGCUUUGGGAUUGGAAGCUUGCGAAUGGGUCCCAACAGUCGAUUCAAUUGUGGGGUGUCUUGCGGUGGUGUUGGAUGAGCAUUUCUCCUACUUGGCUUUGUAUAAUGAGUUACAUGAAGAGAUGAGAUCAAUGGAGAAGCUUGUGAGAUCGUUCACAGCAGAAGCUGAGUUGUGUUGUUCAGUGGUGAGUGUAAUUGAGAAUCUGAGAGCGGAUGCUGGCAGUCGUGGAGGUGCGUAGGCUGCUUUCUUUUCUUUAAAGCAGUGUUCUAUCUUGGUAAUUUUGUUUUCCUUUUGCUUCUUCUUCUUGUUUUGAUACUUCUCUUUUUGGGUGCAAAUUUGUAAACCUCUUGGAGGGAAGGAAGAAAUGUUGUCCAUCUUCAUGGUUUUUGUAACCUGUCAUCUAUUGUUUGCUGGAA